AUGGAAAUAUUGUUGGUUUUAUUGGUAACUUCGGUUGCUGCACAGGCAUCGUACGAACCACAAAUUCCAGUGAGCCUUUCCGGGGAGAAAAUAAGACAAACUCGUAUGGUCAACGGUAGCAUAGCCUGGACUGGACAGUAUCCGUACUUUGUCAGUGUUUUCCAUUCUACCAGCGUCAACUUGACAGGAUUAUGUGGUGGCUCAAUUAUUGCCAAAAGAUGGAUAUUGACAGCUGCUCACUGUGCUGACGAUAAGGCUAGCUUCAUGAUACUAGUGGGCAAUGCUGUACUUCAUCGUGGAAACAAGUUUAUUACCCAGGAGAAGUACAUUCAUCCCGAGUACAACCCCAAAAAUCUUCAAAACGAUAUCGCUCUGUUGCAUCUUUCGAGCGAUAUUAUUUACACAGAUUACGCCAAACAAAUUAGUUUACCAAACAUUGGUGAAAGCAGCUCGUUUGUAGGCUACAACCCAAUAGUCAUGGGAUUUGGAAAAACGAGUGAUACAUCCGACUUGAGUGUAAAUCUAAGAUACGCAGAAGUGAACGUUAUUUCUAACUCGAAUUGCAUUCCAACUUUUGGACCGGAAACCGUGGUCGAUUCGACAAUGUGCACAGUAGGACUCGCUGGACAAAGUAUCUGUAAUAGUGAUUCAGGUGGUCCUGUUGUUUACAAUAAUGUUCAAAUCGGCAUUAUUUCAUUCAUUCAUGCUACCGGUUGUAAACAAGGAAAACCAUUUGGAAACGUUCGCAUUACAAGUCACCGUCAAUGGAUCAACAACAUAACUGGAAUAUGA